UCCGCGUGUGUGUCCCUCGGCUUGACAUUUGCUACCCCACAGCGGCCGCCUUGAAGUCCAGGCGUACUUCCCAGCCCUGAAGUUCUGUAGGUGGGGCGGGCUCUAAUUUGCUGAGAUCUAAUGAUUGCAGGAGCCUCGCUUUAAAAUGGCGGCAUUCAGUAGACACCCCUGCUAGAGGCGCGCCCAGCACCGGGGCCACCCCGCGCAGAACUGCUUUUGCUUCUGCCGCUAACAGAUGGCAUGUGCCGCUGCUGCUGUCCCUGCCGCCUCCGCCGAGAGCAGGGCCCCUUAGCCUCUGGGUUUGCGCUAGCAGCACAAGGUUUCUGAAAAGUGCCUUUUCUGAAAACUGCUGCUUGAAUUCUGCUCCAGAGCUGCCUCUCUGUAAUCCCCUCUCCCUACCACAUCUCCAUCAAAACACAAACAAACUUGUAUGACGGCUAUCAAUGUUACCAUGAUUCGUGAUACCAAGUGGCUGACUUUAGAAGUCUGUAGAGAAUUUCAGAGAGGAACUUGCUCUCGAGCUGAUGCUGAUUGCAAGUUUGCCCAUCCACCAAGAGUUUGCCAUGUGGAAAAUGGUCGUGUGGUAGCCUGUUUUGAUUCUCUGAAGGGUCGGUGUACUAGAGAGAACUGCAAGUACCUUCACCCUCCUGCACACUUAAAAACGCAGCUGGAAAUUAAUGGACGGAACAAUCUGAUUCAACAGAAGACUGCCGCAGCCAUGUUCGCCCAGCAGAUGCAGUUUAUGCUCCAAAACGCUCACAUGUCGUCACCUAAUUCUUUUCCUGUGACUCCAUCACUUGCAGCUAAUCCUGCCAUGCCUUUCAGUCCUUACUUACCUCAUCCUGGGAUGGGCAUGUUUCCUGCCGAACUGUUACCAAAUGCACCUGUUCUGAUUUCUGGAAACCCACCUUUCACAUUGCCAGGAGCCGCUGGUCCAAAACUGAUGCGUUCUGAUAAACUGGAGGUCUGCCGAGAAUUUCAGCGUGGAAACUGUACCCGUGGUGAGAACGAUUGCCGCUAUGCGCACCCGACUGAUGUUUCCAUGAUUGAAGCAAGCGAUAACACCGUGACAAUCUGCAUGGAUUACAUCAAAGGUCGGUGCUCCCGGGAGAAAUGCAAGUACUUUCAUCCUCCUGCGCACUUGCAAGCCAAACUGAAGGCCGCUCAUCACCAGAUGAACCAUUCAGGUGCUGCCGCCAUGGCCCUACAGCCUGGUGCACUUCAACUGAUACCAAAGAGACCAGCACUUGAAAAGACCAAUGGUGUCACCCCAGUCUUUAACCCCAGUGUUUUCCACUGCCAACAGGCUAUGGCUAACCUGCAGCUCCCGCAACCGGCAUUUAUCCCUGCAGGGCCAAUACUGUGCAUGGCACCCACUUCAAGUAUUGUUGAAAUUCUGAACAGCAGAGUUAUGGAGUAUCAGAAUCUCUCCAUGAGAAGCUCCAUAUGGCCUUUCUAUAUAUAUUUUCGUACGUCCUCUUCUACCAACUCAACAAUAAGUGUGGUGCAGUCAAUAUAUUAAGCAAAACAAACAUACCAACCAAAUUAAAAAAAAAUCAAGCAUUAAAAUCAAUAGAGAUGUUAAAAGAAAACACGACUAGAAAACUACCAUCUAUCUUAUUUGAAUAUCAGGUAGAACGUGGCCAUUAAAUUUUGAAACGUGUUAUGUUACCCUUUGUCAUUUUCCAACAACCACUGUGCCGAGUGCAUCUCCACAGUGGACUGUUGUUGUUUUACUGUACAUUCUUUGUGGAGAAAUGUUUGUCUGAUUUUGAAGUGUUACAGUUUUGUUUACAUGGUAGUCUAUUGGGUUGAUUUAGAAUGUAUCGAAUGUAUCCAAUACCAUUUUCCCCAUUGUUGUGUUGAUUUGUACUGUGUUAGGUUUUUACAUUCUAUCUAGUAUGUUACCGUGUAUGUGGGGUGUUUGAUUUUAACUAAAAUAUUUUUAGUGGGAAACAGAAACAUGUUCUUGAAAAAAAUAUGACAGGUUAAUGUUAAUAUGCUCUCUCUCUUUAGGAUAUUUCUGUAGGUUUCUUGGGGCAGACAUUUAAAAGGCCUCACUUUCUGAGUGUGUUCAAACCUGUUCACAAACAUGCAUGUAUAUAAUUGUUCCUGCAGAUCUGACUUUGCAACAUAAGAUCACAUUACUAGAUUUGUUUUGCGAGAGAAGUACUUACCUGCACAAAACAAGGACAUUCUUAAAACAUUAACCCCUGAUUUCACUCCUUUUAAAUAGCUCCCUGGUAAACAAGAAUUUAUUUAAAUCAAUUUCUCAACAUUUAUACUAAAAUUCUGUGAAAGGCCCAUUGCAUUUUUUUGUGUGUGUGUGGCUCGAGGGUUCUAUCUCCUUGGUUGAGUGUCUAAAACUGAGCCAUUUGAAAUCCUGAAGAGAAAAACUGGUACUUGGAGGCUUUAAAGGUAUGCUAAUUACAAGUUAUAAAUUAAACAGGGAGAUGGGAGAAUGGAGAUAGUUUUACAUAUUGGAGGAAGUACGGAAAACCAUUGCAAUGUAACCUUUUAUACAGUGCCAUUUCCUCAGUGCAAAUGGCUCAUCCUUUUUAGACUACUCUUUGAAUAAUAAGAGGCAAUCUAGCAAAAGUCAGUGGGGUGGAAGAGAAUUGGUUCCAAAUGAGGCCUUUCCUCUCCAAAUGGACAAUCUUCUCUAUUGAUCACAGAGGUAGCUUGAGUACAGGUUCAGAGAAAUGAUUAGGAGAGGAGGUGGGGAGACAUUGUAAAAUGAUUCUUUUAUGUAUUCAAAACUUCUGGGAAGGAUGUCCGCAGUUAUCUUUAGCUUCAGUACAACUGAGUUUCCAGUUUUGGUAAACUUAUUGGGGAAGGAGCAAAUGCCUGUGAUAUAUGGCAAACUUUAUUAACAUCAGAGUCUCCCCAAGCAUAACCAAGCCUCUUUUUGUUUGUUUGUUUGUAUUUGUUUGUCUUUAUGUGUGUUUGAAUAUUAGAAUAGAGAGGCUUCUAGCACCCUUUGGAUGAGAUGGAGUGGCUACACUCCACAGAGCUGAGCUGAACUCACACUACUAAUAGUUACAGAAUAAUUUUACAACCAAGUAAAGUAGUAAUUAGUCAGUUCCGGUGAUAUUUGGCAUUCCUCCUCCAUUCAACUCAGUUAUUAAAGUUACUAUUGUUAUACAGUGGAAACAUAUAUUUUACAACAUAGAUUUAGUAUUUUCUACUAAAUAUAUAUAUUCUCUCACUGGAAAGUAUAAAAUCAUCAAACUUGAUAGGUUUGUUUUCUCCUUUAUAAAAAUGAUAAUCACAGAAAACAAUCUGAUUUAUAGUAUCUUAAGCCAGUUAGUAGUAUUCAAAUCACAGAACAAUGGAGACCUUUUUCAUAGUUGAUGAAACUGAGGCCCAGGGCACGUGACUUGUCCAAGACUACCUAGCUAGUAGGUGACAGUCAGACCCAGGGAUAUCUCCUGACUCUCUGUUGCUCCUCCUUUUCACUUCGCACUUCAGAACAUUUGAGACUCCAUCCCAAAGCACAUCAAUUUGGCUCAGAAUAUAAAAAAGCAAAAUUAGCCCUCUGAUAGUUGAUAUCCUCUUAAUCUUAAUCAUCAAUGUGAAUCAUGAUCAAAAGUGAUUUCUAAGUGGUCUUGCUUGUAUCGAGCCAGUGUCAUCCAGUAACAGUAUUGCCUGUAGUUGGAGAACUAAGAGGUGUCUGGACCUUUACCUGUUGAUUCUUUGAACCACUUAAUUUCUAUUUCCCCAAAUCUUAACACUGUUAGAGAAGAAAGUAGAGUAUACCUUUUAUAAAUUACUUGCGUAUGGAACUGAGUUUUAUAUAACCUGUGCCAGUGCCUCUCCAGAAGGGCAGAUCUGAUCACAUGAAGCCAGGAAGGAUGCACCUGAGCUGGUGCCGAUGUGUUCCUUAACGGAGAUGGGAUGUUUUCAAUGCAAAAUGAAUUUUUGUGUAGUCUGAGGUUUUUGGUGCAACGUCCUGUUUCAUUUAACUUGUGAAACUUCUGGCAAAGAUGUGCAUAGAUCUUAAACCUAGAGUACAGCUGCGUUCAUAUUGCCUUAAGCACUGGAAAACAUGAAUAAUGACUUAUUUUUUAGUAAGAGGUUCAGUGAGGGAUAGUCAGGGUAGUUGUAUUUUUGGUGCCGCAAUUUUUUUGUUGUUGGCAUAUUUAAAGAAGUUUUAUAAAUACAUUUAAGAAAGAAAGAAAGCUCAAAGCACUAAAGUUUUGAUCAAAUUCAGAAGAGUUUUGACAAAAAUGCAAUUUUAAGAUAGCAUGCACUCUUUAAACCAGUUGUGCAAUGACUUACUCAAAGGAUCUUUACUCAAGAAAAGUAGAUAAGUCAUUAGACUAUAAAUGUCCAGUUAAAAAGACAAGUCACAAAACUAAUCACUCAGUGACUCUAAACAAUAAUUUACUUGAUGAAUUGUAUAUAUAAAAUUCUAAUCACUUUUGAUUUUUAACAUUUUAUAAACUUUCUCUUUUUCAUGGGCCUCUAUUUUUAGUUAUCCCAAAUUAGUGUUUUUGUCCAGUUCUCUCAGCCUAUUCUAAAAAAUGCAGGAAUGAUGGAACUUGGUUCAAACAGGACAUGUAUACAGAGAAAGUAAUCUACAAGUUAUCAUUUAAGAGGAUUUUGUAGUAUCAGUUAAGAGAAAGAAACACUGUGUGUCCAUCAUAUAAGUAUAUUUUAAAGAGGGAUUAAAAUUAAAUGGAUUCAUAAAAUUGCUAUUUAAAUACAGUAUUUCCCUUUUGCUGUUGGAGCUUGAUUUCACCACCGGCUCUUGUAUUUCAUUUCACUUUUCUAAAUUAGAAUCUUUAAUUUGUAGUUAGUGGUGAUGUGGAGAAUCCUCUUCUCCCUCCUCCAUCAAUCUUCUCCAUCCAUAUUUGAGCAUGUGAAAGCACUUUGACCUUGCCAUAAGUGUUGUUCUACACCACUAGGCUGUGUUCACUAAUGGGCAGCUUCAGCUCACUGGCUCUCCAAUUGGGGAAAAGCAAGUACCUCCUUCCUGCCAUCAGCAGGAACAGAAUAAAAUUAAUCUUUACAUUUGAAUCUGCAGUUAAUGGCAUGGUCGGUAAGCAGAGUGAUGUCUGAAUAAGCAAGAACAUCGACAUUACAUUUUAUUAAAUAAGAGAGAAGGCCCCUGUGCUACUUGGAAUGUUAUUUGGAUCUCCCAGCCCCCUUUGGAGAGUGUAGUUGAGGAUGACCUUGGAUAAAAUGCAGCCAGAAGUUUUCUGAAUUCUUUUAGGCUGUAGGGUAUACUGUGAUGCACAGACUGAUUAGAAACUGGACUCCUCAUUCUUUUUAUCCCUUGCACAUUUCACACACAUUGAAAUAGAGAUAGGUAAAAUUUAUGAGGGAAAUCUAAUUUCCCAAUCCUGUUGAAUAGAUUUAGGAAAAUAGUGGCCUAAUUUUACCAGUACCUGUUGAAGGCCAUAGAAUAAACAGUAGGUAAAAGCGAAUAACAACUUUUUGCAAAUAUAGUCGCUAGCCUAAUCAAACUGUAAAUAUAACUACAAAUAUACAUUCUGAGCACCAGCUCACUCAUUGGUGCCACGUUUUCAUUUUUCUUAUUAUUAGUUUUUAAGGUUUUUAUUGUAUUCCUUUUUUUAUAUAUCACUAAGUAACUAAUGAAUUUUAAUUUUGAAGGAGAGUUAGAGUAAGUUGAAGUUUUUACUACGUGUAUUCAACCUGCCUAGUUAUGUUCUAAACUGACACUGAAGCAUGGCAAGGUAUAGACUAAAGUCCAUAAAUAUUCUUUACAGUUCACAGUUUAAGAACAAAUUUAACUUUAUAUACAAAUAAUAAUUAAUUGUUAACUAAUUAUAUUUAGUCGUUGCUUUGGCAACAAAACUACAACAUGGCUACCUUUAGGCACAUUUUUGGUGUGUGCGUGAAAAUUUUACUUGUAAACUAUACGUGGUUUGUGACAGUAUGAGCUUGUAGAAGAUACAGCUCAAAACUCUCGACACAGAUACAUUUGAAUAUUCUUUUUUAAAUCCCAAAGUCUCAUGUGAAAGCUGAAUUUGUGUCCUUGUGUGACUUUUUGGUCAAAAAGUUUACUACACAUGGAUUCUAGAGUCAGGUUUUAUAGCUUAUAGAAUUUGUUGUGUGGGUAGGGUUAUUCCACAGUAUUUAGACUUAAAACACAAUCGUUGCAUUUAUAGUACAUUACCUGACCUUUAUUCACACAUUUAUUUCUUCAAAGUUACCCUAUUCAAGUGGCAUAACCGUAGCUGCAUAAAUUCUGUUUUCUGGAAUUACGUAUUUACACAAAUAUAUCUAAAUGAGGAUUGAAGCAUAGUUUGAAAUAAUUCAUAUUUGUAAGACCAUACUUCAAGAUACUGUGGAAUGACCCCUUAACAGUGUUUAAGAGACAUAUGCUGCAGUUAACUGAUUGUCUCAGUUAGGGUGCGAAUGUGUGAGACACACCUAUUUUGCACUUAUGUACAUAGUCCAUGAAAGCAAUUCUUGGAGCUUUGUUGAAUUUAAGAAGUCUGUGAUAGUAAUGGAAAAGUUAGUAAGACAGAGUUCUUUCUAAGGCUGUGAGAAGAAGGGAUUUUUUGCUAUAAGACUUAACAAAAGUAUGAUGCUGCUUUGCUGUUGUGGAGGCUGUCUAGUUUGCUACAGCUCACCAAAAGAGAAGACUUGUAACAGGUCAACUUCAGCUUACAGCACUGAACAAGAGUAACAGUACUUCAUCAUUUAGCAAGACCACUAGCAAAGAUUGUUUGCUCUGUUAAUUAAUCUCCCCUGUAAAUACACACACACACACACCCACACACCCACACACACACCCAGGCAGGUUUCUGGCUGAGGUUUUCUUUUUUCAGUGGUUACAAGCAGUGAAAUACACUAUAAAUUGCAAGACAAAUAUUCCCAUUAGAAUAGAACCAGAUUUCAUCUUUCACAGAAAUUUAUCAAUGUAUUAUAUCAAUUAAUGUGUAUAUCAAGUCAUAUGUAUUUAAGUGACAAUCAAAUUGUUAAUGUUGACCAUGAUUCCUCCUUUCAGAACCAGAACACAAAACCAAAUUGGGAACCAUUGAAAGAUUUCACUCAACAGUUAAGUAUGGCCAGCAUGGGGGCAUUUCACUCCCUUCAACCAAGGAAAAAAGGCUCCUGUCAUAAAUUUAUAAAUGGCUUUACUUGCAUUAUUUACAUUAUACCUGUUCAGUUGGGGCUGUUUUCUGACUUACAGAUUGCAAAGUACUUCACUGUGCCACUUCAGCCUCCCACUGUUUGGCUUUAACUAACCAGGAGAAAAGCAGCCAAAAACUUAGAUAAAAUAAGAGCUAGAAGAGAAUGUUUCAAUCAGAUCAUCUCUAUCAAUUUUUGUUCUCACACCACCUACAGAUGGCCACUUAACUUUCCUGUGGCCCCUAGGGAAUGAGACCUAGAAAAGGUCAAGGUUCAGAAGGUCAAAGAAUUGAUCACUAUCACUACAGGUACUUUGAGUCCUUCAUAUCUUGGGGCAUGUUGCUCUUGCCCUGCAGAAGGAGCCCAUCCUGGGAUGGGGGGAGUUGGUAUUUAAUUGCUACCCAUUUUGGCAGCCCUUACUAUAGAAACAGGAAAAUAAACCAAAGCUGGAAAGCAAUCCAAGCCUUACAGUUGUCCAAUCGCUCAGGGCCAGUUGGCUAGAAAGUUCUUUCUGUUGUUGUUGUUGUUCCCUCAACCAUGAUCACUUAGAGUCAGCCAUACAACAGUCUGACCAUCUGACCAGCAUUCCUCUUCAUAUAAAAUUUAAGCAUUCAUUCCUUCUGUAGUUAGGAACUUCACCAUGAGCCUUAUUGCCAACAUAUUCUCCCAAUAUAACCCAUGUUCUUGUGUUGACAUUUCCCUGUGAACCCGUAAGCCACAGAAUAUAUUUUCAUAAGGUUGAUAGAGAUAUCAAAAGAUUUUAAGGAAGAUUCAUCUAUGAAAUCGUUGGUAUGAACCUAGAAGCAUCACAAAAGAUAUUGAAUGAAUUGGUAGCAUGGUGUGUAUGCUGAUAGCCACUGGGUCAUUUUCUCUGGAGCUUAGUAUACUCAGUGACUGUGUUUAUAUAAGUAAAACAGAUUAGAGAAGGAAGUAUAAUUGAAAAAUGUAUAUAACUGAGGCCAAAAAGGACCUCUAUUAUUAAUUCCAAAAAAAGGGUUUAAUCUGACUAAUUCGUAUAGCGUCCAGCCCCUCCACUUGUCCUUGCCUAUAAUAGAAUCGUCCAUUAAUACUCAAAAGUAGGAUUUUUCCAGAGAAAUUGUAUCUUUAAAUAGAACCCAUCCUCAAUUAUGGUGCACAUAAAAGAAGGAAAAAAUCACUAUGAAAUAAGUCACAGUUCUUUGCAGAUAUUGCAAAAAUCUUUGCUAGUCAUCUUCUAUAUCAUAUCGUUUAAUUACAAAAGAUACCUCUGUAGGAAGACCUAAAGGUAACCCAACAUUUAAUCAGUGCUUUUUUUUCUUCCAAAACACACAUCUAAAGAUUUAUCUGUCAGAGAACUGCAUGGUUUCAAAGCUUUAUUUCCAUAUUCAGAUGCUAUUUGUUAGUGAUGGAAACCAAAUUAUUUCGUUGCUAUGCCUUUUGUGUCUAGCAGUGGAGAGGAUGACCUGACCAUCAGCUAUUGGAUUCUUGGGUUUGCAUUUUCAAAACAAAUUUUCCUACUAUUAUUGCUUCUGCUUUAAUUAUUAAAAAAAAAAAGAACCAUUUGUUAACCUGCCCCCAGAUUAUAAUCAUUUAAAUUAAGACUUAAAAAAAAAAAGAUACUGCUAAAUGUACUCUUUUUAUUUAAAGGGCAAACUUUAAAAAAUGUUGAAUUUAAAAAUACCUGUAGAUAAGAAAAGGAGCUCUGGUGGCACAAUGGUUAAAGCACUCAGCUGCGCACUAAAAGGUCAGCAGUUUGAACCCACCAGCAACUCUGUGGAAGACCUGGCAAUCUGCUCCCAUAAAGAUUACAGCCUUAGAAACCCUAUAGAGCAGUUCUACUCUGUCAUGUGGGGUCGCUAUGAGUCAGAAUCGACUUGACAGCACACAACAAUAGAUAAGAAUAUUAUUGGCCUUGUACAACAAUUAUAGAUUUAAAUAAUGACCAGAAUAGUUCAUAAGUAUAAACUGUUCCUGUAAUAUUUUGCCUCCAAAAUGCAAUAGCUCAUUCCCUCAACUGCUAUGCUAUCAAUAGGGCAGAUGCUUCAAUUUUGCUUUGCUGUUUUUGUUUUUGUUUUUGUUUUUUGCCAAGCUAUAGUGCUGUAGUGCUUGUUUCGUGUUUAGAAGUGUGCAUUAUGCACCUCAUUUUAGUAUGCUACAUCUGCGUUGCUCAUUUUUUGUUCUUUUAAUAAAAUGUGUAAAUUUC